ACCCCUUCGGCUCAAUGAAUCUUGUGUGUCCAUCGAUGAUUCGACAUGCUAAAGGCCCCUUGCGACAGGGUUGACAUCAUAUUCGGAUGAACUGCCAAGCUCGCGAUGAGGUAACCGACUAUGAUCAGCUACUCUACGAGAGCCUCGAGGCACGAGGGGUCGUCCAGCACCGACGUCUUUCCGCUCAUUGCAGUCGGCUGAACACCGGAACUACAGCAUCGUCACGUUCUAAUGGCCAGCGAGUCCUAUAAAACUAGUCGAAUCAUGGUUGGAUUCCUUACAAUCGUGAUCUCCCAGCCCGUCUUUCACAAAGAUGUUCAAAUUUUCUGCUCUCGCAGCCCUCGUGGCCAUACUUCCCGCUUUUGUCGAGGCUCAAUCUGCCGUGUACGGCCAAUGCGGCGGUAUCGGAUGGACGGGUGCGACGACUUGUGUGGCCGGAUCAACGUGCACCUACUUGAAUGAUUAUUACUCUCAGUGCCUUCCGGGUUCGGCAGCGUCUACGACCACCGCCACUUCCAGGACAUCCACGACGGCGACGGCGACUUCGACCACGUCUGGAUCCUCUCCAAGCUCGACCUCGACUCCGAUUGCCGGCAAUCCUUUUGAGGGCUAUGAGAUCUACUUGUCUCCUUAUUAUGCAGCCGAGGUCACUGCCGCUGCGCAAGCCAUGACAGACUCUACCAUGGCCUCGAAGGCUUUGGAGGUCGCCCAAAUCCCCACAUUCACCUGGUUCGACGCCGUUGCAAAAGUGCCUGACUUGGGAACCUACCUUGCGGAUGCCCAGUCUUUGCAGAUGUCUACCGGUAAAAAAUACAUCGUCCAGAUCGUCGUCUAUGACCUUCCCGACCGUGACUGUGCCGCUUUGGCUUCGAAUGGUGAAUUCAGCAUUGCAAAUGACGGCCUAAACAAGUAUAAGAACUACAUUGACCAGCUUGUCGAACAGAUUACUCAGUUCCCUGAUGUUCGCGUCGUCGCUGUGAUUGAGCCUGAUUCUUUGGCUAACCUUGUGACGAAUUUGAGCGUCAGCAAAUGUGCCAAUGCUCAAACUGCAUACAAGGCAGGAGUCACUUACGCUAUGCAGCAGCUCAAUACCGUUGGUGUCUACAUGUACCUUGACGCUGGACACGCUGGAUGGCUGGGCUGGCCUGCCAACUUAAGUCCAGCUGCUCAGCUUUUCAACAGCCUUUACACCUCCGCCGGAUCACCCAAAUUUGUUCGCGGAUUGGCGACAGACGUUGCGAACUACAAUGCACUCGUCGCCUCUUCUCCUGACCCUAUCACUUCUGGAAACUCCAAUUACGACGAGAUACACUAUAUCCAGGCUCUGGCUCCUCUUCUGACUUCCAUGCCUGCUCACUUCAUCGUUGACCAGGGACGCUCUGGUAGGCAAAACAUCCGUAGCGCCUGGGGUGACUGGUGCAACGUCGUGGGAGCCGGAUUCGGAACUCACCCCACUACAAACACCGGUUCCAGCCUGAUUGAUUCUAUUGUUUGGGUCAAGCCUGGUGGUGAAUGUGAUGGAACUAGUAACACUAGCUCUCCCAGAUAUGACGCCCACUGUGGUCAAUCUGACGCUGCACCCAAUGCACCUGAGGCUGGAACGUGGUUCCAAGCCUACUUCCAGACUUUGGUUGCCAACGCCAACCCAGCGCUGUAGGAUCACAGUAGUGAUAUGAGGCGGACUACAUUUAUUUUUUUGUCGAAUAAAAUGUUUCCUGUGAUCUAUAUAUAGUUCAAGAUCAGGAUCGUAUAAUAACUCCAUCUUUCUUAUCUCUGGUGAGGAAUAUAAUUCAGCUUAUCUAGGUUUGCUGCAUUGUCAGGGCUGCUUUGUUGUGGGUAAAAAUUCUGCCCUUGAUCUGUCUGCGACGUUCAUCGGGCGGCCCGAUGAACGUCGGCCAAGCACUCAAAUUUUUCACAAACACAAAAACUUUCUACUUCGGAUCUGCAUGGACAUCGGUCUGGAUUUGACUGAACGUUCGCGGAUACGUAGACAUCUACUUAGCAUGCUCAACG